AUGGCUUCUGGGGAUCCCCAGGGAUUCACUCCUUACGGCUGGGUUGUUUGUCUCUGGGUUCUCAUAGCCUCCUUUCAGUACGGCUUCCACAUCUCCAGUCUCAAUCAGCUUCAGGCCGUUCUCACUUGCCGCGGCCAUGGGCUGCCUUUCCUCCACUACGGCCUUCCAACAUGCAUACCCAUGACGGACACCACCUUCUCCUUCCUCACCUCCGUCUACACUGUCGGUGGCUUCCUAGGCAGCAUCGGUGCCAAUGUGGUCAUGGAUCGGUAUGGCCGCAAGGGAGCCAUGCUCAUUAGUGCGUUCAUUAUGGCUAUUGGCUCGGGCCUGAUGGGUGUGGCCGCCUCUCUCACCCCCUUGCUGUUUGGCCGACUUUUUACCGGUAUCUCUGCUGGCAUCGGUAUAUGUGUUGGCCCCAUCUACAUUGCCGAAAUUGCGCCCGGAAGCAUCAAGGGUGCCGUAGGCGUCCUCACCCAGUUCGCCAUCGUCAUCGGUAUCAUGGUCACGCAGUCGAUGGGUCUGCAGCUCGCCACUCCUCUCACAUGGCGUCUGGUCCUCUUCUUCUCGGCCGCCUUCGCGAUUGCUCAGCUCCUUGCGGGGAUGUUCAUCGUCGAGUCGCCCGUAUGGCUCGCACGCCACGGCUUCGUCCGCGAGAAGGAAAUGAGCUGCCGCAGAUUAUGGAACGACCCUCAUGCUCUUCGCACUCCUGAAAUUUCCACUCCCGACGUGGAGGAUGUGGAAGACCCGCUACUAGCCGCUCAGGAUGAGCGUAGUUCACUCAACCCUGACAUGAGGGAGAGGGAUGAGCCGCAUGAAGCCGCAGUCACUGUGCCUCAAGUUCUGUCGCGGAAGGAGUUCAGGCGUCCGCUGGCCAUCGUCUGUUUCUCGAUGCUCUGCCAACAACUUUCAGGUGUCAAUGCUGUGCUCUAUUACAGCAACGAUAUCCUAUCCAAGACAGUUCCAGACGCGGGUCCAUAUAUUUCACUUGGCGUGACCGUCGUGAAUGUAUUCAUGACCUUCCCGCCCAUUUUCCUCAUCGAUCGCAUGGGACGUAAGAGACUGCUCUCUUUGUCUGCUUCCGGGGCCAUCCUAUCACUCGUCGGCGUAGGAUGGGGAUUGGACAGUGGUGCAGUGGUGCUAGCCAGCGUCACUGUUAUGACGUUUAUCUCAUCGUUCGCCAUUGGAAUCGGACCGGUGCCUUUCGUCAUGAUCCCGGAAGUGUCCCCACACCACGCCGUGUCUGCUCUCUCCUCCGUGGGUCUUACGCUGAACUGGACGGCGAAUUUCCUGGUGGGACUGGUGUUCCUCCCGCUCCGCAACUUCCUCGCAGACGGAGAUCCGCUGAAGGAGGGGCGAGUGUUCUACGUGUUUGCUGCGAUGCUCACGUUCUUCACGUUCAUGCUGUUCGAGACGUACCGGGGUUGA